GAGUCAGUUCUGAAGCGUCAGAUGGGAGCAUUACUCUAUAAGACAUGGCAUCAACAUAGACGCUCAUACAUAAUGAUUCUAGUGGAAAUAGUUUUUCCAUAUCUGAUGUCUUUUCUGUUGGCCUACACGUUCUAUGAGCAAUCAGCAACGUUUGGAUUUGAUACGUUGUAUUUAAAUAAAGAAGUAUUGGACAAGAGUCGAAGCUGGCAUCCCUUGAGCUAUUUUCCCAAGGAAACGGCUUACUCCGACAUGAUGCGUAUCGGAAGAGAACCCCUUACACAUCCCGAGCAUCUAGCAUUCAAUUCGCUCAAAGAGGCCGAGGAGUUCAUGGAACAAGUUUCUAUGUAUCGUCACAUAGUCCAGUUUGAGCGCUCCACAAAUGAAUCUAUAUUAACCUACACAGUUUUGUUAGACAAUGCAAAGACACCAACAGAUGUGUUUCUUGAUUGUUUUAAAGAAUCUGUUGAUUAUUUGACUACAACUCAACUAGUGAUAGCUCAAACCUACAUUCGUUAUUGGAACUUAAAGCUGGGCAAAACUAAUAAUGCUGACAUUCAAAUCUCCAUGCAAGAGUUGCCUCAUCCUGGCCAUUUUGUCGACACUUCCGGUAACGUCAUCUUACUGCGACUUCUCUUUCCGUUCUACUUUAUUUGGCUAGCAGUGUUUACGUCCAAAUGGAUCGUUGACGAUGAUUUAAUGCGAUAUAAGCAUUCAAUGUCGAUUCUUGGCCUCAAUAAAAGUGUCUAUUGGAUGAGUUGGUUGAUCAUCCGUUGCAUGAUGGGACUAAUUCCAACAUUUAUUACUUUGUACAUGAUGACAAGCACCGAACCUCAUAGCACCCUGCUAAAACACGAGAAUUCAAUUGGUGUCUUGUUUUGGCUGAUACUGACCAACGUAAACACCGUCUCUUUCGGUUUCAUCGUUUCCCUUAUAACUAUCUCGGGCUGGUUUCCUAACGUUAUAGCAUUUAUAACUUAUUUGGCCGUGUGCUCUAUUUCAACUCUGAUCACCCUGGUCAAAUCACCUGUAUUAUCUAACAUCUUCGGCACUUUCAUUUAUUAUAUUGGUAUCAGCGUAUGCCAUGAGGCCAUCGUCUUACAGAAGUUCAGCUUACAAGACAACGAUCAUGUUGCCAGCCAUUUUCACUACCCAUUCUCCAUGAAACAAGGCAUGAUCUUGAUGACGUGUAAUACACUCUUUAACUUGCUCUUUACCUGGUAUCUGCAGACAAUAAUAUCCGGUGAAUUAGGUUUACAGAAGGCUCUAUUCCAUCUCUUCAGUGCAAGAUUCUGGUUAAAAGAUAAAACAAUCCAGUUUUAUGAACUAGCUCCUCAACACCAAAAGUAUAUCCAGCCAUUGCUAUCAGAUGAAACUGAAGAAAUUGUUACUAAAAAUGUAGUCAAGACAUUUGGUCACAACGUUGCACUCCAUGGCGUAAGCGUCAACUUUUUAAAAGACAAAACAACUGUGAUACUUGGAGAGUUCAACUCAGGGAAAUCAACAUUGAUCUCUAUUCUGUUAGGUCUGGUCCCAAUGACUAGCGGCAGUGUCUACAUGGAAGGCUGUAACAUAACUGAAAAUCUACCAGAUGUUCGUUAUGAGAAAUUUGGAGUGUGUCCACAGGAAAACAUUAUUCUGGCUAAGCUAACUUGCUUGGAGCAUUUGAUCUUUGUUUACAAGCUGCGCCAUGAAUUUGUCCCAACUGUCAAAGACGAGAUAAAGGAAUUGCUUGCACUAAUACGUCUCAACAAUCAGAGCAGCGUACUAACUACCCGGCUAAGCUCGGGACAGAAACGGAAACUUUGUGUAGCUAGUGCAUUCCUCGGGAAAUUCAAGACGAUUUUUGUGGAUGAGCCAACUUGCGGGCUAGAUGAGAGAACACGGAGAGACCUGUGGAAUUUUUUCAAGAGUUUUCACCAUAAGAGGACGUUGAUCAUGACAACACAUAACGUAACAGAGGCUGAUGUACUUGGAGACAAAAUAGUCCUGAUGAAACAGGGGAUCGUUAACGGCUGUGGCUCCAUGUCUUUUCUCAAAAAGUUAUAUGGUGCGGGAUACAUGUUGAGGUUGCUGAAACACGACCUGUGUGACGAUUACGUUCUUUAUAGGCAUGUUAUGAACACGUUGGAAACAGCAAAAUUAAAAGUUAACACAUUAAACGAAAUGGUCUUUUUCCUGCCUGAUUACGAAUGUAGAAGAUUUUCUGCACUUUUCUCUUCACUAAAGCAGAACAUGGACAAGUUAAAGAUUAUAAAAAUGAAAGUUUCUGCAUUCUCUUUUGUGGAUAUUUUCCAAAGGAUUAACGACGGCAUGAAACCAACAGACUGGGCCGAAUCAGAGAUGAAAAUUUCAAGUGAGUCUUUGGAAGAAUUAGACAAAGACGAUGCUUUUCUCAUUUCUCCGGCUUAUGAGUAUGAAUUGAUCCAGUCAAAUCGAAUUUUCUCGGACACUAUCAUCGAUAAGAACGAUCUUCAACGCUGCAUGGUAGAUUACAAGGCAAACGAAGGUGCUGCCUUAUUUUGUCAACAACUCUACGCCAUGUUUGUCAAAAAGUGGAUUUUCCUUAACCAGAACCUUGAACUUGUAUACCGGAUAAUCACGCUACACAUGGCCUUGACCUCAGUAUGCAUGGCUGUGGUCUACUUUACGAGCUCUGGCAAUAAUGGCACAACUCAAAUAAAUCUUGCUGCCGGACUGGAGGAGAAGGUGACCAUAGCAAUGCGGAUCCCCAACGAACGAACUGUCGCCAUUUUUGAAAGAUUGAAUGAAAGUUUACCUCAAAACUUUGAGAGACUUUAUGUGAAUAUGGAUAUGAGUUUUCCCACGUUUCUAUUGGAUUGGAUUAAAACGAAUGCGUCUGUAGACUCUGUGACCGUUUUGGGUGUUGAUCUGUACGAGCCACCUUUUCACAAUCUAGUUUACACAUCCAGCCCAUCCGUCUACACGCAAGUUUAUGUGAUCCAGUCCAUUUUAAAUGCCCAUAUCAAGGCAUACUUUGGAAGCAACCACACCAUUAUUAGUCGUGCUAGAACAUUUUAUUCUAUUCCUCAAAAAUCGGAAUUGAAUAGUUCUAAAUAUUCAAGUUUGGAACAGAUGCACAUUUACCUGCCAGCCUGGGCAUUGAGUGUAGCUUUGUGGUCUACUGAAGCAUACAUCCUCUACAGUUUAGUUAUAGAAAAAAGUUCAGGUUUUAAACACCUGCAGUUGAUCAGUGGCCUCAGCCCAAGCAGGUACUGGAGUGCACAUUUCCUUUUUGAUUCCAUCGUCUGUCUGUUUGUGGCCCUACUUCAAUGGACGUGCUCCUUAGUUCACCCGGCCAUUCAGGUGUAUACCCCCCUUCUGCUAACCUUGACCUUCUUUGUGUUAGACAUCAUACCUUAUUUGUAUCUCCUCAACUAUUGUUUGGGAGGACCGGAGGAAUCUGUCACUCUUUUAAUAGCCUGGAAUUUUGUUGUUGUUAUGCUUGAUGAAUCUCAAGCCGCAAAGCUACUGCACUUUGAAGAGUUUGUGACUUCCGCACUGGACAUUAUCUCGCCUAAUUUAAUGCUUCACAAAACGUUACUCAAAUUAUUUGACAGGAAAUAUACCCAGCAAGAUAUUGAUUUUCAAGAAUUUGAGUGGUGUGAUCAAACGGCGAGAUUUUUUCUGCUUCAUGCAAUAUGUUCGUGGUUUAUUUUGUUAAUCAUCGAGCUUAACUACGUUCAAAGAAUAUGGUAUGCCUACUGCUGCUGUUGCGCUGAUAUUUACGUUUGUUUUAAUGAUUAUACCCGGAUCCAUCGCGCGAGGUACAAAAAGUACUACGCCAAUAACACUGCUGUUCAGAGGGAGAUGGUACGCGUGUUAACUGAGAAACAGAAAGGGAAUAUAGAGCAAGACAUAGUAGUUUUUUUGAACAUGUGUAAAAAGUAUCGGAUCAAACAUCGUAUUUUGACGGCAGUGGAAAACACGUGUCUAGGCAUUUCACCAGGCGCCAUCUUUGGUUUCCUAGGCAACCAUGGUUCUGGUAAAACGUCCAUACUUAAAAUGAUGACCGGGGAAUUAAUGUUAACCUAUGGUGACAUUUACUACAGCGGACAGAGUAUCAAAUCCCAUUUGUCAACAAUAUCGAAGCAGAUCGGCUACUGCCCUCAAAGUAAGACUCUGAUGAAACAGCUGACUGGGAGACAAACACUGGAGUUGUUUGGGAGGUUACGGGGCGUACCGGAGAACAAGAUUAGUCACAUGAUUGAUUACGUCACACAGAUGAUUUUUUUAUUCCCAUAUGUGGAUUUCCUCGUCAAACAAUACAGUUGUGCUAACAGGAAGAAACUGUCUUUCGCAAUUGCGAUGAUUGGGGUGCCGAAAUUGUUACUUAUGGACGAACCAACUAGAGGAGUUGAACCAUUUGUCCGAUUUGCAAUGUGGAAUUUCUUAAAGCAGUAUCAGAAGUUGGGCUCCACAAUAAUCUUGGCCACAAAAAGUUUCGCAGAAUCUAACUCACUUUGCACAAAGAUGGCGGUCUUGAUCGACGGUAAAGUAGUUUGUCUUGGCAUUCCACAAGAAUUACAGAGAAAAUACGAGAAUUACUACACAAUCAGUUUUCAGUUGAAAGAUUUGGGGGAAGCCAACAAACAGGUCCCUAUCUACAUCAAGAAAGCAUUUAGGAAAGUUAUGAUCUUCGAAACUUCAAAUGUGUACAUCCACUUUCAAAUUCCUGAGAACCUCUUGUCCUUAUCCAAACUAUUUACAGUCAUGGAAAACGCAAAAACAAAAUUAAAUCUUGACUCAUACACUGUUCAUGAAAACUCGCUUGAACUAAUGUAUCAAUUGUUUCUGUGGAAAGAAGAAGACUAAUGACGUUUUAAAAGAAAAACUCUGGACAAAUUAAUUCAA